CUAGAAUGCGCUAUAUCCCCGUUGGUAUCACGACGCCGAUGGCAGUCGGAAGUUCAACUUCACCAUGAACAGUUUCUGCUGCUCAGUUCUUGUAAGUUUGUUGCUGGGGUCGUGGACGCACGGAUACGUCUUAAAAGGAUGUGGUAUUACCACUGCUCCUCUAAAGCGCAUUGAACCUUCUCGCCCUUCGAACUCCACCAGUUGGCCUUGGAUGGUGGCGUUGCUGAAGGAUGGAGGAAUUCAUUACUGUGGAGCUGUCUUGAUCUCCAAGCAACAUGUUUUAACUGCUGCUCAUUGCAUUGCACCGUUCAAAUUAGAGUCGAUUAGAGCUCGAUUUGGGGAAUACGAUCUAGGGAAAGAUCAAGAAUCGCGCCAUAUGGACUACAGAAUUGCUCAGUCUUUUAUUCAUGAAGCAUAUGACAGAGCUACAUACGAGAAUGAUAUUGCUAUUUUGAAAGUUCAGAAGUCCUUGAUUUCUAAUUCGUACAUUUGGCCAAUUUGUAUGCCACCGAAAGAUAUGAGUUGGGGUACUAUAUACUAUGGUGGUCCUCCAUCUGACGUACUAUUGCAAGUUGAUGUUCCCGUGUGGAAUCAAAAUCAAUGCGUACAGAAAUUUUCUCAACCGAUUCUGGAAACCCAUCUGUGCGCCGGCGCUUAUGGAGGUGGAAAAGAUUCCUGCCAGGGUGAUUCUGGAGGCCCACUAAUGUAUUUCGAAGAUGAUAAAUGGAUGACAGUUGGGAUAGUGUCUUGGGGUAUUAACUGUGGCCAAGAUACUCCGGGUAUAUACACCCGAGUCAAUAAAUAUUUGGAUUGGAUAUCACAGAAAAUGUCAUUGUGAAAAAAAUACGCUGCAUUUACAUGCAUAUCACUAAUUAUCGGAAUAAUUAUGAAGCAGGUUUGCAUUUCAAAUAGUCUUAUCUUAAAAUAAUCUUUCUGACUACGAUACGUGUACUGUCUUUUGUUGCUUAAGAAGAUAUUGUAAAAUAUUGAUCUUUCAUUUCCUUAGUGUAAAAAAAUGAACCUUGCGUUUUCUUCCAGUACUUUAUACAUUUAGAAAUUAAAAAAUGUAUUAUGGAAUGAAGAAGAAUUGUAUUGAUGUUGUAAAAAUAAAUAUAAUAUACCUACCAACACCAACGAUAUUUAAAUAUUCUCUUCUUCCGGAGUCCUUUCACGCAAUGCCCAAGCGUCGUAGUUUCGACCUCGCCAUUUAGGCGUCUUUUAAUUCUUCUUUUCUUGUGUGAGAGAGUCACGAGGUGACGCCGCCAGUGAUGUCCGAGAAACGAGCAAUAGGAGCACCUUCUCAUGUGACGAAAUAUUCGUUGGUGCUUGGAUUUGUAGGCCCUGCCCUAAAAGGGGCGGAACCAGCCGAUCAUUUGGGAGGGGGGGACCUCGUAGAUUUUUGUUAAGCAAU